GCAACAAUAAUUGAUUAUUAAUUACUCAAAAAAAAAAGUCAGCAAGUAAAUUAUUUCGUAGAAAAAUGAGUGGACGUGAAACUUAUGAUGUUUCACGAGUUGAAAGAAAAAUCCUCGAGGAGAAAGCAAAACGUAGAGCUAUACUUCGUCAUGAAUAUCUAAAACAAAUUGAAAAUCCAUUUAGACAAGCUCUUGGUACUGGUGGCACAGUGGAUGAUCCAUCAGUCAAUAGAUUCAUGGCUAUGAGAGCAGCAGGAGCUGAAUAUUUCAAGCCAACAUGGAAAAAUGGACUCUGGCAAUUAGGAUGGGUUGUUGCUCCAAUUGUCAUUGUAACUUAUGUUGUUUAUAAAUCAAGAGAGGCCAAGGAACAUAGCUAUCGUACUGGACAAGUUAGUUAUCGUGACAGACCUGAAAAAUUCAUCUAAACAAUAUUAAUUAUUUACAGUUAAUGUAAAUUAUAUAUAGAAAUUAAAAUUUAAAUAAUUCAAUACAU